AAACGCUGAAAAACGUCAAAUUCUUUAAUUUCGCCUUUACCUAUUCAACCAGAAAUGAAAAAAAUCAUCACUUUAAAAACUUUCUGAAUCUCAAAGAGUGCUUUAAAACGAGAAAAUGGAAAAAUCCGGCAACGGCGGCGGCGGUGGUUCAGCGCCUACAGGUUGCUACAAGUGCGGUCGCCCAGGUCACUGGUCAAGAGAUUGCCCUUCCAAUCCAAACAGUACCGAUAAAACUAAUUCCAAUACCACGACGGCGUAUGCUUCAAAAUCUGGCGCCGAUGCCGGACCCGGAUCCGUUUCCGGUGCCGGAGCUUCUGCCUCUAAGCCGAAGAAAGUUCCUAGGUCAAUGCCUAAGCUAACUCCGGAUAUCCUUCUCUCUGAUAAAGGACUUGGCUACGUUCUCCGUCAUUUUCCCCGUGCUUUCAAAUAUCGAGGCCGCGGUCAUGAGGUUGCUGAUUUGGGAUACCUACUUGGCUUAUAUGCUGAAUGGCACUCAGGGUUACUUCCUUAUUACUCAUUUGAUCAGUUCAUACAUAAGGUGGAAAGACUUGGUGGCUCAAAGAGAGUUAAGCUAUGCAUGAAAGGACUACGAGACAGGGUUGCCGAUGGAGUGGAUCCUGCAAAACUGUAUGAGCCACAAGUUCAAGAACAAGAAACAAAUCAACAGGAACUCAAGGACUCAGAACCAACUGACUAUCCAGAAGAUACCACACAAAAUCCAAAUCCUAAAGAUUUUCAGGAAAUCAUGCUUAAUGAUGUGUGGGAGAAGGCAAUUGGGGAGCCAUCUCAACUAUCCCCUCAAAAGAUUGUUGCUGUUGAUACAUCUUCUGCAGGGAAAGAUACAGUAAAUCAGGCUCCGGAUAAUGUAGCACGAAGUUCUAUCCAGAUCUCUGAAGAACAAAGAGCUCGGAUGGAGGCUAAUAAGUUGAAGGCAUUGCAGAGAGCUGCUGCUCGAACCUCUCAUAUCAAGUCUACGUGAUGGUUUUUACAUAGAGCUCCAUAGAGGUUUCUAACUUUUUAUAUCCUUUCUUAUUGUAAAUGCUUCAGAUUACCUUCAUCUUGAACGUCCAGAGAUUUGUCGAAGUGAUUAAUCUUUUCACUCUUUCACCCAAAUUGUUGGAUGUCAUUUUCAUUAAUUGACAAUUUAAACAAACAUAGGAGAUGAUUAAGAGCUUGUUUAAUUAAUCCUUUAGCACUAAAAGUUC